AUGGCAACGCAAGGACCACCAAAGCCAAAAAACAAGAAAAAAAGUCUUCCAAUAAAAGAAGACCAAACGGAAACUGACAACGUUGGCAACGUAAUUGCACAACUAAAGUCCGUUGAUGGUGAAACGUCUGGUCCUUCGCUCAGUUUACCUGCAAACGUUACUCCUGAACAACUUUUACUUUUGAUAAAUGAACUUUUAAAUAAUGAAGAGCCACUUCCAUAUGUCUUUUCAGUAGACGACAAGGAAAUCACCACGACAAUAUACAAAGACAUUAUUCAAGGCUUAAAAAAGUCAACAGAAGAUGUUUUGACGAUUGUAUAUCGACCUCAGGCGAUAUUUAGAGUACGGGCUGUAACCAGGUGCAGCUCUACUUUGAGUGGUCAUUCUGAGGCUAUUUUAACUGUAAGCUUUAGCCCUGAUGGAUCGCAACUUGCCACAGGAUCAGGUGAUACGACUGUUCGAAUAUGGGAUCUCAAUACCGAAACAGCUCAUUUCACUUGCUCAGGUCAUACCAGCUGGGUUUUGUAUAUAGCAUGGUCACCCGAUGGAAAAUAUUUGGCAUCCGGAAGCAUGGAUAAUACGGUUCGUCUGUGGGAUCCAUUAACGGGAAAAUCUUUAGGUGACGCGUUAAAGGGACACACUAAAUGGAUUACGUGUCUGGCAUGGGAACCUUUGCAUUUAAACCCAAAGUGCAAUCGACUAGCAUCAUCGUCAAAAGAUGGAACCGUCCGUGUUUGGGAUGUUAUUCACCGUCGUCUUUUAUUUUCCAUAUCUCAACACACAGCAACAGUGACAUGUAUAAAAUGGGGAGGGGAUGGUCUAUUGUAUUCUUCUAGUCAAGAUAAAUCUAUUAAAGUAUGGGAUGCUUCAGAGGGUAAAUUAAUUAGAGAUUUAUCAGGUCAUGGACAUUGGGUUAAUACAAUGGCAUUGAGCACGGAUUUUGUGCUAAGAACAGGAGCAAUCGAUCAUACUGGUAAAAUACCACAGAGUGAAGCAGAAGCAAAAGAAUGGGCUUUGGCUCGAUACAAUUCCGCGAUAAAAAAUAAACCGGAACGACUUGUUUCCGGAUCAGAUGAUUUCACAUUGUUUCUAUGGGAACCAUCUAUCAGUAAGAAACCUAUAGCAAGAUUAACGGGACAUCAGAAGCUUGUUAAUCAUGUUUGUUUCUCUCCGGAUGGUCGAUUAAUUGCCAGUGCAAGUUUUGAUAAUUCUGUGAAACUUUGGGAUGGAAGUACCGGAAAAUUUAUCGCCUCUCUAAGAGGCCAUGUUGGUCCGGUUUAUCAAGUGUGUUGGUCAUCUGAUAGUCGAAUGCUAAUCAGUGCCAGUAAAGAUAGCACAUUAAAAAUAUGGGAUUUAAAAACGAAUAAAAUAAAGUUGAAUUUACCGGGACAUCUGGAUGAGGUGUUCAGCGUGGAUUGGAGUCCUGGAGGGGAUAAAGUUGUCAGUGGUGGCAAGGAUCGUCAACUCAAAAUGUGA